CUGUUUUUAGCUCAUCCUUCCAACACACCUGCACGAAAUUCCCUCCGAUCCCCUGUCCGUCGUCAGUCGACAGAGCUUAGCCCUCUACGCACCGAGGUACCGCCGCAAAGUGGUCCCCAUACGGAAACCAUUGCUAAUGAAUCCCACCAGAGGUCGAGCGAAACUCGUCCAGAGUUGACUCAAGGCAUGGCACUGCCAAUCACACGCCCUGUGGCUUAUCGGUUUCUGUACAUGGGUCAUUUGCAACAGUGGUCCGAAUCGAGGAACCUGGUCUGUCCUUGGUGCCAGUUGGACUGUGGCCGAGCUCGUAGUCGCGGUCUGGAAGCUCUCUUGAUUCAUUUGCGCUCAACGCAUCCCCGAUUCCGAUUUAAAGCAAUUUGGGGUCCAUCCCGUGCUCAUCUCAGCUUAGAGGUCUCGUUGAACGAAGCAUAUGAUGGCUCCAACGACUGUGGUUUACGGCGCUGGGCUGCUGAGGAUGGCUCUGCUGGACGCGCUGUGAUUGCUCCGGGUCAGUUGCUCGGGGGUUGGACUGGAUUGGGUUUAAACUCUGGAAAAAACAAUCCACAUUCACUUACCUUGGCCGGAUGUGCUUCUCGUGUGUCACGUCCAGUACGCCGUCUACCGUACACGCAUUUGAUAUUUUGGCGCGGAGCAGAACGGUCUAUUAAUCAGGACUUGGCACCACUCGAAUUCAGCCUUAUCGUAUUCGGACUGUUUUAG